AUGACAAAGCCCAGCCUCUUGGAACUCCCACCCGGGGUUCAACUACUUUACUUGGCAGAAGGUGGAGCAAAUGUGAUCUACCGCUUUGUCGCAACGCCGGUGAAGUCUGCAUUGGCCGUCAAGAAGGACCCCAGAUGGUCACUGGGGCCAGUUACCAUCGAUAGCAUCGAUCACGCUACAGUGCCGAGUUUGUUCAAAGGAAAAUUGCUCCGUCUCAGAAAAGAAACCGCGGCAGAUAUCUCCUAUAAAGAAAUUGUCAACAACUUCGAUACCACCGUCCGACCGCUAUUUAAGCCCGAGGAGUUGGUCGACCAAAACCUCAUUAGACUUCCCGAGGGUCUCAUUCAACGCUGUAAUGAACAACUUCACAUUUCUGAGCUGAAUGGCCAGCGGCCAAAAAAGCGUCAUGGCGGAUAUCUCUGCCUUCAUGAGCCAUUUGGCCUGCUUAUAACCGAUAUGACGACAUUUGACGAUCCGGGAGCAAUAUUAGCAGAAUUCAAGCCAAAAUGGCUGACUCAGUCACCCACGGCACCGACAUCGGCACAUCGAUGUCGAACAUGUGCUUUGCGCGAAAUGAAAAACCACGACGCACGGAGAGUGGGAUUAAAAGAGCAGUGCUCUUUCUGUCCGCUAGAUCUUGUAUCCGAGCGAUUUGAAAACGUCUUACGCGCGACUGCUUUGAUCAAAGGGUCUCAUGAUCGAGCCCGGCUAGCUCGUAUCCUAUAUCGAAAUCCCACUCUUCAGAAGCUCCAAUCGCAACAAAAAUCCUGGGCGAGAGUUGGGAUGCUUGGACCUUCGCCCUUAUCUCGAGCGACGUGCCUUGAUAUGACCCUCCGCGACUGCACCAUGUAUAUCAAAAUUCCUCGCGAUGAGAGUUCCUCCAUCGAAAUCCGUCUUGGCGACCUUGACCUUAAAACUGGCGCGGGUGGUAAGGCGAAGUAUUGGCGAGAUAUUGAAUUUCAAUUAAUCGACGGUGCCUGGUACUCUGGUUCUAACAUCAGUCAAACCCAGAGCGUAUGUACACUCCAGAACUAA